GUUUUAUUCGUGUGUGUGUUAUGUCCAUGAGCUGUUUCGUGCGACCUCCCUCUCUCUCUAUUCCUAUUUAUCUCUCUUUCUUCCUUCCGUCGUCAUCUUUGGUUUCUCUCGAGCUGCCAUUAACCUAUUCAAAGGAAUAAGCCUCUCUCUUCCCACCAUCACAGUUGAAGUAGGGAGAGAGCUUUGACGGGAAAAAAGUUUCAUAUUGGGGAAUGGCAGAGACUGUUGAUGAGGAUUCUGGAGUGGGGAGAUCAGUAGAGGCGAGUACAAAUGGACAAUACAGUCUAUCAGGAGAAGCACUCUCUCAGUGGAGGUGUUCUACUCAAGUGGAGAAUGGGACUCCUUCGACUUCCCCUUCUUACUGGGAUACCGAUGAUGAUGAUGACUAUGGCCUUAGACCGUCUCAAUUAUUUGUGAAACAUAAAUGGAAGAUAGAGAAAUUCUCAGAAAUCAAGAAAAGGGAGCUCCGUAGCAGUGUUUUUGAAGCUGGCGGCUACAAAUGGUAUAUAUUAAUUUAUCCCCAAGGAUGUGAUGUUUGGCAUCAUCUCUCCUUGUUCCUCUGUGUUGCAAAUCAUGAAAAACUUCUUCCAGGCUGGGGUCAUUUUGCUCAGUUUACUAUUGCUGUGGCGAAUAAAGAUCCAAAGAAAUCCAAAUUUUCAGAUACGCUGCACCGGUUCUGGAAGAAGGAGCAUGAUUGGGGCUGGAAAAAGUUUAUAGAGUCACAGAAAUUAAAUGACGGGUUCGUAGAUGAUUCCGACUGUCUUACCAUCGAGGCUCAAGUUCAGGUUAUCAGGGAGAGGGUGGACCGACCUUUUCGGUGCCUUUAUCGUGGGUAUAGGAGAGAGCUUGUUAGGGUGUAUUUGACAAAUGUGGUGCAAAAUUGCCGACUUUUUGUGGAAGAGAAGAGAAGCAAGCUUGAGAGGUUGAUAGAGGACAAGGCAAGAUGGACGAGCUUCGGCGUUUUCUGGUUAGGGAUGGACCAAAACUCUAGACGUCGGAUGUCUACAGAGAAAAUGGACGUAAUCCUAAAAGGAGUUGUAAAACAGUUUUUCAUAGAGAAGGAAGUUAUAGCCACUUUGGUGAUGGAUUUCUUGUAUAGCGGAUUGAAGGCUCUUGAAGGCCAAACUAAGAGCAAGAAAUCUAAGCCAAGAUCGUUAGAUCCCAAGGAAUUGCCAGCUCCGCUUGUUACUGUGGACAAAGAUAUGUUCGUAUUAGCUGAUGAUGUGCUGUUACUCCUAGAGAGAGCUGCCCUUGAACCCUUGCCUCCAAAUUCGGAUAAAGGUCCACGAAACCGUACAAAGGACGUCAAUGAUGGAGAAGAUGACAACAAUGAAGCCAUUGAGCGUGAUGAGAGACGUUUAACUGAGUUGGGACGACGAACUGUGGAGAUAUUUGUUCUUAGCCAUAUCUUCAACAGCAAAAUCGAGGUUGCAUAUCGUGAAGCUGUUGCGCUAAAAAGGCAGGAAGAACUAAUUCGUGAGGAAGAGGAAGAGUGGUUGGCAGAAACCGAACAGAGGGCCAAAAGGGGAGCAGCAGAGAGAGAGAAGAAAUCUAAGAAGAAACAGGCGAAACAGAAACGGAACAGAAACAGAGGGAAGGACAAAAGGAAGGAAGAAAAGGCGACUUUUGCAACACAUGAGAAGGAUCUCGAGGAAGAAAAGGAUUCUGUCGCAGAGAAAGCAGAAUCCCUAGUUGAAAAAACUGAUACUCUUGGAGAUGUAUCCGACAUUUCUGAUUCUGUGGAUGGUUCGGCCGAGAUUCUUCACCCUGAUUUAGAAGAUGGGGACAGUAGUUCUGCUCAUUGGGAUACUGCCGCCUUAGGGAGCAGCAGAGAAAACGACAUUUCCAUAUCUGCACCCAAUGGAAUUGCAGAAAGAAAGAAUCAGUCCAAUAUGGAAGAUAGUUCAUCGACUUGUUCUAACGAUUCCAUCAGGUCUGGGUUUACCAAUGGGUCCUCCUACACAGGGAAUGCCUUGAUUUUCCGAAACCAGAAUUCGCCAAACAAAGGAAAGAACCAACCAAGGAGUCAGAAUUCUACUUCCGAGUCUGGUUGGGUUGUUGUCUCCCACAACCAGGAGCCAGAGAGCUCUCGGAAUCGUAGUCCCGUGGGAAAGGUACAAAACGUGGCUCAAAUCAUUGUGAACUCGGUUGACAUGGAUCGACCUAAAGAGAAGAGCGCUGCUGUACUUACUUCUCCAAGAACUGCUGCCAAGAAUCCUUCACCACUAACUCAGCCAAAACUGGAGAAAAAGAACGUUUCAGUGGCACCAAACAAGAAAGUAAUGCCAGCAAGUGGACCACCUUCAUCAAAUCAAGUAGUGCCGCCUUCUUCAGAUAUUGGUCUCAGAGCUGAUGUGCAAAAGAUCCCUGCUCCAAAACAACCUGCAACAACAACUAUAACAAGGCCUUCUAGUGCUCCAGUUAUCCCUGCGAUGCGACCUGCUCCUAUUGUCGUCUCCUCGGCUCAACCAACAACAUCCUUUCCUCGGUCGGUUAGCUCAGCUGGUCGUCUAGGUCCUGACUCUUCGCUACACAACCAGCAAACUUACACUCCUCAAUCCUACAAACACGCCAUAGUCGGCAACUCUCCUGGUUCAUCAUCUAGUUUCAACCUCCACCCAACCACAUUGCCAUCAGCAUCUUACUCGCAAACACCGACAUCAUCUUAUCAGUCAAGCUUCCCGUUCAGUCAAGAUGGGCUCUUCCUGGGUGGAAGGAGUUUAAAUUCUGUAAACAUGGGAAUGAACAACCCUUAUGCACCCACCGUGACUAGCAAUAGUUCUCGACAACAAGCACAAAACUUGAUGACGGACGAGUUCCCUCACCUCGAUAUCAUCAACGACCUGCUCGAAGACGAGAACUGCAGCAACAUGGUGUUUAAUGGAAGCAUGUUCAGUUCACAACCCCAGAUGCUGGACAGGCAAUACUCUUACCAUGGUGGUGGUGGUGCUGCUGAUUUUGGCAUCUCAGGUGAGUUACUGUCUGGUGGCAGAUCCAGGAGUUUUGGAGAAGAGGGAUACCACUACAUGCCACAUAAUGGUCUCUCUGCAGCAGGAGGGCCAUAUGCAGCAGAUGGUUUGAUACCGACGCAGUGGCAAAUGGCGAACGUGGACUUGUCUUUACUAGGUAUGAGGAAUAAUAAUAGUAACUUGGGGGAUACAACAGCAUACCAUCAUAACGCAUACUUUGGUUUGGACUCUUCGAAUCCGAGUUUUUCGUCUGGGGUUAAUGGCUACACUGAGUUCAGGCCGUCCAAUGGUCACUGAGUGCAGGCAUCAUGAAGAGGGGGGUGGAUUAUAGGGGUUUUCAUGAAUUUGGGAUUUGUAACGUUUUCAUAUACUAAAAAAAGUUACCAUGAAAAUACAUUUCCUGUAAAGAGAGUUUUCUUGUCUUCCUCUACUUUUCAAAUGAAUCUGGUUUUCUAUAGUUUUCAUAUUUUUCUAUAGACAAAACUUUUGUCCUGGAAUUUCCUACAAAUUUAGAUGAAUAAUAUAAAUAUUCCAGUU